UUCCCCCUGGCUGAGGUCAGGCACAGCAGUGCAAGAGACUUCAGUGUCAGCCACAGAUGGCAACCCACUUGACACUGAGUCUCCUGGUCCAGGAGUCAAGAUGGGGCUUUUGGACCGUGUCUACCAAAGACUUACUCAGACUAUUGGACGGACACCUUUCCAAACAGACAGGACAAAUCUGGACUCCAGCCAGCCAGGCCCCACUGACUCUUCCAUCCCAGACACAGAGGAGCAGAAGGUGGCCCAAAAACAAGACCCAGCGCCACAAACCCUGGCUGCAGGAGCGGGCAGCCCCUCCAGCACUUUCUGUGCGGAGCCUCAUGAUCCAGGCACCAAGCGAAAGGCCUAUUCAUCACCCAGGGGACAGCUCACCCCAAUCAGCAAGGAGGAGGAGAAGGAAAGGCCAAGGAAGACCAGAGGCUUUGCUUGCGUUAGGGAUAUGGAUGAGGCUGCCCUAAGGAAGGACAUUGGCAUCCUCUUCCCAGCACUCCACUCCAUGGUGUGUCAUCUCCCCAGUGAGCACCUGGAGGAGCGGAGAGAGGCCCUGGACUCUCUGGUCCAUCUGGCUCGCUUCUUCCUGCUGGAGCUGCUUGUGUUCCUGUUCAGGAGGCUGAAGAAGGACGAGGAAGAGGAGACCUGUGCCAGUCUCUGCAUUCUGGACCAGAUAGUCCGAUCCAACAUUUCCGAAAUGUCACAGCACACAGAGAAGCUGUUCAUAGCCCUGGGGCCAAUCCUGCAGAGCACAAGCAUACGGGUCAGAGAAGCCCUUGCUUAUUUUAUACGCACCACGGGGGCGCAUGGGCUCUUGGAGAAAUCUGAUUCAAGACCCUUAAUUGACUUCUUGGUGCGUCAAUGCACCCUGCCCCUCGACAGCACGGAGGCAGCAGACGGGAGGCACACCAUGGAGCUUGAGGUCCGCCAGCUCUGCUCCAGCACCCUGCAGUCCCUGGGUGACUCCCCCAGAAUGGCCAAUGUAAGUGACUCUGCCCCUCUCCAUUGGACGCAGGCCUCUCUGGGUCUGAACUUUUCCAUGAGACAGGCCGCAACCAGACUUAUUUACCUGAGCCUCCCCGCUCCAGAACAUCAUGGGGUUGGGUAAAAUGGACCCUGGAUCCGAGCCAGACCUGGUUCUUUGGAACAGGGAACACUCACCAGCUGAGUGCCCCUGCAUGCCAGGUUUUGGAAUCACAAGGGCUCUUCCGCUCUA